CCCUGGGGGCACAAUCGUCUAAAAUCUAGGUUAGCGAUCCGUGGGGAUGUAGGCCGAGUAUAUACGCGGCUUCAUCGUUCGACUGACAGUUCAUUCAUAGUGAUUCUUUGCUGCUACUCUUUGGAAUAACCUUUGAAAAAUGUUGCGGCAGUUGAUGUUGCUCCUUGUAGGAGCUGUUGCAGUAAUGGCACAAAGAAGGUUAGCUCUUCCUGAUCCCAGGAGUUGUGCAAACAGGGUACGUCAUGCAACAUACAGGGACGCUAGAGGAGUAACUCAUUCAUAUUUCUUCAGUUGGGAACAUGGACCAACAAGGGGAUUAGAAGUUGACUGGCUCGAUGCUAGAAACAUUUGCAGAAGACAUUGCAUGGAUGCCGUUUCCUUGGAAACACCUCAAGAAAAUGAAUUUAUUAAACAGAGGAUAGCUAGAGGCAAUGUUCGUUACAUCUGGACUUCUGGUAGAAAAUGCAACUUUGCUGGUUGCGAACGAGCUGAUCUACAGCCACCAAAUAUCAACGGAUGGUUCUGGUCAGGAUCUGGUGCUAAAAUUGGACCUACCACUCAAAGAAAUACCGGCGAUUGGAGUUAUACUGGUGGGUUUGGACAACAACAACCGGACAAUAGAGAAGCGGCACAAGGUAAUGAUGAAUCCUGCCUAUCCAUCUUAAAUAACUUCUACAAUGAUGGGCUCAAAUGGCACGAUGUUGCUUGUCACCACGUUAAACCAUUCGUUUGUGAAGACAGUGAAGAACUUCUUAACUUUGUUGCGUCGAGAAACCCUGGAAUUCGCCUUUAAUCUGAAAAUUUCAGAGAAUCUUAAAAAAUAUGUUGUACCUUUGAAAACGGCCAAGUCUAUAAAUAUUAAGUGAGAAGUGAUAUUAUUCUGAACUUAUUUUUUUUGUCCAUCUCAAAUUUUCAAAUAUACCUACUGAAUAAACGACAAAUCAUAAACAAAAUGAUUUAUUUCACGUUUGGCGCUCGUCCGAAAGAAAAGUAACACAAGUCAAAAAAUGCAUAAUUCAAGUUACCCUGUAAAAUUUACACUAAAAAUCCAAAAUUUUGCUUUUAUAAAAGUGACCAAUAUCUUAAAAGAAAAGUGACAUAACUCAAAAUGUUGAUUUUUUCUUUGUUAAAAUAAAAUAUCUUGGUUUUUGGUUUUAUUUCUUACACAAUUAGAAAUAUUCACUCAUCAAUAUUCUUCGUUUUUAAGUUAUAAAUUUUAGCCUUUACCGUUUAAAACUCACAGUUAAAUUAAUACAAAAAAUCCAUUUUUGCCUCUCCUGAAAAAAAUUGUUUUUUAAGUUGUGACACUUUUCCUUGAUGAGCGAUGUAUUGUUAUAUAGGAAACAAAACGUACGUUAUGUGUAAAUUUAAAAAUUUAUCGUACAAUUUACUGUCUAUAACUAAAAAUAUAUUUGAAAAAGAGGUGACGUUAUUUAUUUAUUUAUAUUAGAACUUUUUUAAGAAUCACUAUUAUUAGGAAAGAUGCUGUUUUAUUGUAAGAUUAAAAGUGGGCAAUACUUUUUAAUAAGGGUGUAUAUCAAACCAGAAAUAAAGUAUAAGGUUUUCAGAAUUACACGAUUAAAUCAGAGAUUGUUAAAAAAACAACAUGGUGUAAGAUUUGGCCACUCUAAAUAUUUCGUUUUAUUUUCUUCUUUAAUAUAUCCUUGCUGUCAGAUUUUGCUUGUGAAUAUUUGCUUUUUAUAUUUUAGAUUGUAGAUUUAUAUUUACUUUAAAUUAUAUUUAAUAAAAAAUAUUAAUAUA